CUUCCUCUGUCACCAAGGGACUGCCAUCUACUUGUCAUCAGCUCAGCUCUCUCCUGAGGCGUUCUUCAUCUUUUCUUCCUCCUUACAGUCUGCAGGGUGAAGGACCUGGGUGCAAUCUCCAAUCCCCGACAUUAACUCAGGGCAGAGGGCUCUCAUCUGGUGACACAUCUAGUGGAACACAGCUCAAGAUGCCUGAGCCCACAAAGAAAGAGGAUGGUCAGCCUGAAGAGAAUGUAGCCGCAGGCACUGGGGAGGCUGUGCUUCCAGCUGAGAUUUCCCUUGAGGUGUCUCCACCAGAGGCUGAAGCGGUGGUCAAAGACCCAGAGCACAAACUGACUCUACCAGAGCAAGAGCCAAUAACACCUGCAGCCGUAGAGCCACAACCAAUAUUGACUGAGGUUGCUGAGCAACAGCCAGUAGUGAGAGAGAUCUCACAGCCACAGCCAAUAGUGACAGAGCCUGUAGUGCAUGAACAGGAGAAGCCAGAGUCCACGCGACCUGUUAAAAUGGUGCAAUUAUGUGAGGUCGAGGAGGCUCCUAAACACCCUCCAUCUCCUGCACCACCUAUGAAUGAUGAAGUGAAGGUUGCUGAUACGGUGCCAAUAGUCACGGUGGUUCCCCCUCCUUCCCCCACCCACAAAGAUAAAGAUGAUGAAGUCCCUGCCAGCAGUCCAUCACCUCCGCCCCCAUCAGAGGAUGGCAGUACACACAAGAACCUUUCUGUUGAUCUAACUAAUGAUAGCGUUCCUGAGUCAUCCAGGGGGAGGAAAGACUCAGUGUGGUCCCUGGGAGAGGGACAGCCUCCUGAGGAGAUUGACAAGCAGGUGGAAAAUCCACCCCUCUCUACAUUACUAAUUGAGAAACCCCAGGGUGGCUCCAUCCAAGUAGGUGGAGACAUUACCUUUAUUGCAAAGGUAGAGGCCAAGGAUUUGCUUCGUAAGCCAACAGUCAAGUGGUUCAAAGGGAAAUGGAUGGAUCUCGCCAGCAAGACAGGAAAACACCUGCAGCUGAAGGAAAGUUUUGACCGCGUCACUAAGAUUCACACAUUUGAGAUGCAUAUCAUUAAGGCUAAGGAGAACUAUGGUGGGAAUUACAGAUGUGAGGUCACUUAUAAGGAUAAGUUUGACAGCUGCUCUUUUGACCUCGAGGUCAAAGAUGUUCCAGAGACUCAGAGUAUCGAUAUUCGCUCAGCCUUCAAACGAAGCACUGAUGGCCAGGAUGAUGCAGGGGAACUUGACUUUAGUGGGCUUCUUAAACAUAGAGAGCACAAACAGGAGGAGGUACCAGAGGUGGAUGUCUGGGAGAUCCUGAAAAACGCCCGACCAGAUGAGUAUGAGAAGAUUGCCUUUAUGUAUGGCAUCACAGACCUCCGCGGUCUGCUGAGAAGGCUGAAGAAGACGAAAAAAGAGGAGAAGAAGAGUGAAGCGUUUGCCAAGAGGUUAGAACCUGCGUACCAGGUGGACAAAGGAGGGAAGGUACGAUUAAUCGUGGACCUGGCUGACCCGACUGUUGAACUGAAAUGGUACAAGAAUGGCCAAGAGAUUCGUCCUACUCCGAAUAAUAGGAAGUUUAUCUUUGAGCACAAGGGCACACAGAGGAUCAUGGUUAUCAAUAACUGUCAGAUGAAUGACGAUGCUGCCUAUUCAGUGGUAGCUGGAGAUGAGAAAUGUACUACUGAACUGUUUGUGAAAGUCUUACCAGUGAAGAUUGUUAAAGAGCUGGAGGCUGUAAAGACUACAGUCAAUGAACGAAUUGAGCUGGAGUGUGAGGUGUCAGAAGAAGGAGCACAAGUUAAAUGGAUGAAGAAUGGGGUUGAGGUUCCUACUGGGGUGCGUUCAAGAUAUCGUGUAAAGUCUGAAGGCACAAAGCACUGGCUGAUUAUAGAUGAUGCCACGAAGGAUGACACAGGCACCUAUUCCAUCAUGGCAACUGGGGGUACCAGUGAGGCCCGUGUCCAAGUGGACUUGAAGCCACUGAAGAUUCUGCAAGACCUUCAAGACAUGACGAUCCGUUUGGGGCAGCCGCUCAAGCUGCACUGCGAGAUCUUACCCGGAAACGUUCCUGGGCGUUGGUACAGAAACGGCCAGCUUAUCCAGUCCAGCGAUCACCUCACCAUCAUCCACAGAGCCAAGACCCAUAAGUUGGAAGUUGAGAGCUGCACCCUACAUGAUGCUGGAGACUAUACUUUUGUGCCUGAAGGGUACACACAAAGCCUUAGUGCCAAAAUCCACAUAAUAGAUCCCCCUAAAGUGCAUUUGGAGGCUCUGAAUGCUCCAGAUAACACUAUCACAGUUGUGGCUGGUAACAAGCUGCGUUUGGAGAUCCCCAUCAGUGGAGAGCCUGUACCCAGAGUGGUGUGGAUGAAAGGAGAGCGGGUUAUUCUUGAGACAGGGACUCGAGUUCGUGCAGAGACAUUCUCUGACCACACCUGCCUCACUAUUGAAGUCACUGAGAGAGAGGACAGUGGCAACUACAAGGUCGUCCUGCAGAAUGAAGCAGGAGAGGACACAGGCAGUGUCAAGAUUAAAGUUGUUGAUAUACCUGAUCCUCCUGGGCCUCCCUUGGUUCCAGUAGUUGGUGGUGACUGGUGUACAAUGACAUGGGAACCUCCUGUUUAUGAUGGGGGUUCUCCGAUCCUGGGAUACUUCAUUGAGAGGAAGAAGAAGCAGAGCUCCAGGUGGAUGCGACUUAAUUUUGACCUCUGCAAAGAGACCACAUUUGAGCCUAAGAAGAUGAUUGAGGGUGUGCCGUAUGAGGUGCGGAUUUUUGCUGUUAAUGCGAUCGGUGUUUCCAAGCCCAGUGAGCCGUCAAAACCCUUUAUUCCCCUUGCUGUAACCAGUGAGCCCACUUUGCUGGUGGUUGAUGAGGUGACAGAUACAACCGUGACAGUGAAGUGGCGUCCUCCAGAAACCAUCGGUGCAGCCGGGUUAGACGGGUACCAAGUGGAGUACUGCAUUGAAGGAACAGACGAAUGGAUACUUGCCAAUAAGGAACUGAUUGAGAAAACCAAAUACACUCUCACAGGCCUGACACCAGAGUCCAAGAUCCUAAUCCGAGUGAAGGCGAUUAAUGCGGCUGGUGCCAGCAAACCGCGCACCAUUCAACACUCUAUCCUGGUCAAAGAGGUCGUUGAGCCCCCUAAGAUUCGUAUCCCUCGCCACUUGAAGCAGACAUACAUACGCAGGGUCGGAGAACAAGUUAACCUCGUUGUGCCAUUCAUGGGCAAGCCCAGGCCAAAGAUCACCUGGCUGAAGGACGAUCAACCUAUCGAUCCAACGCAGAUCAACAUCCGCAACUCAGACUGUGACAGCAUCAUCUUCAUUCGCAAAGCUGAGCGCAAGCACUCUGGGAAAUAUAAGUUGACUGUGCAGGUGGAAAAACUUGUGGAUACAGCCAUCCUGGACAUCCAGAUCGUGGACCUUCCUGGUCCUCCACAAUGUGUUCGAAUUGAGGAGGUCUGGGGUGAGAAUGUAGCUCUGGACUGGACACCACCCAAAGACAGUGGCAAUGCCCCCAUAACAGGAUACACCAUCCAGAAGGCAGACAAAAAGACCAUGGAGUGGUACACCUGUGUGGAGCACUACCACCGCACAUGCAUCACUAUCAAUGAGCUGGUAGUAGGCAACGAGUACUACUUCAGGAUCUUCUCGGAGAACAUGGUGGGCCUGAGCGAGAGCGCCACCACCACUAAAGACACAGCAGUCAUAGUGAAGGAGGGUAUGAACCUGAAGAACCCAGAAUACAUCAACUAUGACUUCACAGAGGCACCCAAGUUCACACAGCCACUCAUUAAUACGUUUGCCGUCGCCGGGUACAACGCGACCCUUAACUGCAGUGUCCGCGCCAACCCACGGCCCAAAGUGAUCUGGAUGAAGAAUAAGAUCAUCAUCAUUGAUGACCCACGCUACCGCAUGUUCAGCAGCCAGGGUGUGUGUACAUUGGAAAUCCGGAAGCCCAGCCCAUUCGACGGAGGCGUGUACACCUGCAAGGCCAUCAAUGAUCUCGGGGAAGACCAGGUGGACUGUAAACUGGAGGUGAAAGGAGGCUUUACUUUCGUUGAGCUGAUGAAGCGUGGCGUUCCCUUGCAUCUUAUUGAUAAGUACAUGAAUGAGACAAAGUCGCCGGAGUUGGAGAAGAAGGGAUCUGACUGAUGGGGGAUUCAACCAGCGCUUUCCCAGUAAUCCCUGUUGCUAGAGCUCUUUAGUGAAGUGUGUGACCCGUCUUUGGUAUGGCAUGCGGUGUUCAGACAUGGACCUAUAGUACUUAAGAAAGGUUUGCUAAUGGCUAACUGUAUGACAGGCUGCUUUCUCCAAAACUCUGUUCAAGCACAGAUGCAUGUCUUCAGCGGAAUUGGAUCGUAGCUUCAAAAUGUGUAAAACACAGUAAAUGAUUCUUGGGUGGCAAAUAUGUUGGUGCAUUCAAUGUAUUUUGUUUCAUGUUCAAAACGCAUAGGGGCUGCCAGUGAAAUUCGAAGUUUUAUUUUUGUUUUAUUUUUCCCAUCUCUGCUUCCUUCAGUGUAAUGUGGUGAAUAUGACAAAAAUAAUUCUCUGUGCAAUGUUGUAAAACAGCGUAACUUGUCUCUCAGACAUGCUAGCUGCUCUAUCAGUUAUACAUUUGAAGUGUUUACCUUGUUUGUUUAUCAGAUUUGGUGACGAUGAAAAUAUCUAUCUAGUGAAAGAAGUAGCAAUACUUCAUUUAGUAUGGUUGAGUUGAAUAAAUGUCACAAUAAUAAAGCUGUGUUGCGUGUUUUUAACAGUUUGA